AUGUUCGGCCUUCGAACCUUCGUCUCAGGUCAUUAUACAGUCCAGAGGUCUGAAGUUCCAUAUCAUCCCGUGAAGAUGCCAUCUAAGGUUGGAAUUAACAACAAGCACAUCAUCAAAUCUGUAAAAACGCUUCUAGAGAAGCAUGGAAUCCUCGAUAAGUCAACUAAAAUCUCGUCUAGCGAUGGAUACUCAUAUAUAUACUCGGUUGCUCCUGUGGAAGAUGUAGAGUCGAUUUUAGACGAAUAUUCCGAUGAGAUCGUGGUGAAAGAGUACCUGGUCCCUUCAGCCGCUAGGUCGAUAUCUCGCUCUCUAGAGUCUGUUGUCCGAGCAUACUUAGAGGAUGCCCGGGCCGCCGGUGUGGAUGUGAAUGUGGAUCUCCUAAUGAGCAAACUUCCAAGGAAGUGGUCCAUUUACACACCUAUGGUACUUUUUAACACCGGCGGAUUUGAUUCGGAGAUAUGGACGGAAGUUUUUGCAAGCAGUAUCAAUGCUUCAAGCUUUUUCAAUGUGGUUCGUGCCGCAUUCCCGGCCACCAUCACGCAUUUUGCAAUCAACAAGCCUAUCGUUGAAGAAGAUGUCAUGCGCAGACCUUUUAACCUUGUGGCUUUGCACGGCGACUUUGGGCCGGAAACUUCAGAGGUGUUGUUUGAGCUGCCAAAACCUGAUGAUCUCGAAGAUGCGUUUUGGUGCCAUGUAGUCCAGAACGGCAUCUAUCAGACCUGGGCUCCCAGGUAUACUAUGUUUUCUCGAGGCAACAUUACUGAGAAAAAAAGAGUGCUCGAUAAUUUCAAGAACUUGAAGGGACUGGUGGUGAUGGAUUUCUAUGCUGGAAUCGGCUACUUCACUUUAUCGUACUUAGCUAAUGGUGGUACACUUCUCUGCUGGGAAUUGAAUCCAUGGUCAAUUGAGGGGCUAGUAAAAGGAUUGUCAGAAAACGGAUACAAGUAUCAGGUAUUUUCGAACGGAGAAUUUUUGACCAAGGAAGACUACGAUCGACACCUUGCACAAGGGGUGAGGGCAUUUGUUUUCCACGAGAGCAACGAAAAUGUGGUGACUCGACUCCAACAACUUGGACGUCUUCCUGUUUCUCACAUUAACUUGGGUCUACUCCCCAGUCUGCAAGCAUCGUGGUCUACAGUCAAAACUGUACGUGAUCAAUGGACGUCUCGCGAUAUAGUUGUCCAUGUUCAUGAAAAUGAACAUAAGGAUCGGUUCGAGCAACUUCUGAGCAAGAUAGGCGACUAUUUUAAGGGAGAAGUUAUACAUUUCGAGAAAGUGAAAACCUUUGCUCCAGACAUCUGGCACGUUGUUGUUGACAUAGGCAUUGGAGGUGGAAAAGAGAAGGAGAAUUGA